UCGCUACGGAAGAAGCAGAGCAUGGCUUCGAUCACGAUGACGUUCAGAACUAUUCCUUCAGGAUUUCAACAACAUCUCCGUUCUUCCAGACAAAUUUCCGUAACAAGCUGCCACAGUCGUGCUCUAACAUGUCGAAGCUCCACAUGCAUCGAUUUCCGUAAUAUUCAGCAGUAUCUGUGUAGGAGGCUAGCAUUUCCUAGUAGUUCCCAUAGGAGAGGUCUAAUAUCUGCAUCUAGUUCAGGUUUAGAGGCAUCUAUUACUGAUAAGAAGGGCAAUGCUAUAACAUUGAAAAAUGCGAAGAUAGUCAUCGAGUCUCAAGAUGAAAAUAAGAUACAAGUAAGAGUGGAGUUGACUGGGGAUGAGACGCAAAAAGUAUUUGAUCAGGUUUUAACAAAUUUAGCUCGCGAGGCACCACCAAUUCCAGGAUUUCGCAGGCAAAAAGGAGGUAUACUACAUUGAUAUCCCUUGCCUUAAAUUUCUCAAAAUAAGGGUCUGUUUAGCCCUGAUUGAGCACAGGUUGAUACACAAUAGAGAUAAUAUAUUGUGAUUGAUUGAUUAUUGGAUGACCUCUAAAAUACUUAGGCAUGCACUUUGUAAUUUCACUAAAAAUCAGCACAGAUAUGUAUGGAUGUAUAUCAUUGUUCUGUUCCUUCUAGACUAUAUUUACUUUGUAGUAAUAAAUUUUUUAUACUUAACAUAUAAAUCUUUUUCCGUGUUGCAAACCCAGGGUUUUAGUAUAUAAUUAUGCAUGCAGAUUUGUUUCAAUUAUUUAGAUUGCAGAUCAACCAACAAAUGAUAUAGUCAAUUUACUUUCUUUAAUUUGUAUACAAUAUAUAAUUGAAAACAUAAAGGACUUG